CACGGGGACUUCCUCUUGGUCCAUGGUUGCAACGGUUACCGUUAUAGAUUGUAUUACUGUACUUGAGAUAAGACCCCACCCACCCCCGUUAGAGGAUAUUUAGCCAAAUUUAAAAAAAAAAGAGAGUUGAAAUUACAAAAAAAAAAACAAUGGUGAAUGGUCCCCGGAUAUUUAGUAGACCUAUUUUUAAACAAUACUUUUUUCCCCCCAUUUUUUUUUUGAAUUCCGAAUGUACGAUGUUAACGAAAGGAAGCUCAUGCGCAUAAGCGCUUGGCGUCACAUUCUGUUCCCCCGUUUUUUUUUUCUCUCGCAAAGAGAGUCGAGUGGGGUCUGGAGAAGGGGGGAGGGAGGUGGCGUGUGUGUGUGUGUGUAGGAGGGAAAUGCGGUGUAAACGCGCAGACGCCGUGGCUGGUUUCAUGGCCGCCGUCGUUCAUCGCCGUCGCUCGUCAACCGCACGUUCACAUCUCCGCGGAUCUCCACCCCAUUCGACCACUCACCGUCGGUUGCGGAACCGCACAGUGCAACAACAGAAAAGGCCAAAUUCGCCCGAAGAAGACGUUGAGGAAGAUGAGGAGGACGAGGAAGACGAAGAUGAAGAAGACGUGGUGUCCAGUGAGGAAGAAUUGGACGACGAAUCAACAGCCGGAACGAAAAAAAUGAGCAAAAAGAAACACGUUUGCCCCACGUGCCACAAAAGUUUUGGUGCCAAAUCCGACCUGCAAAAACACAUCCGCAUCCAUACCGGCGAACGACCGUUCAAGUGCGAUGUUUGCCAACAGGCCUUCACUCAGGUGGGCACUUUCAAGGCCCAUUUGGCCCGUCACACUGGACUCAAGCCUUUUUGCUGCGAAAUUUGCGGCAAAGCGUUCCCCGUCAAACAGCGACUCAUCGUUCACCUGCGAGUCCAUUCCGGCGAGAAACCCUACGCGUGCAGUCAUUGCGGGAAAAAAUUUGCGAGGGGCGGUCAACUUUUGCAACACGAACGGACUCACACCGGCGAAAGGCCGUAUCAGUGCGACCAGUGCGAUCAGCGUUUCACCUGCUCUACCAAUCUCAAAAUGCAUUUGAGGCGACACACGGGCGAAAGGAAUUACCCGUGUCCAGUUUGCGGUAAAGCAUUCGCCCGUUCCGACGGCCUACGCAAACACCUAAGCUGUUACCAUGGCGGCAUGAAACCCUUCCAGUGUCCAGUGUGCCAGCGCUCUUUCAAAGGCCAUUUCCUCCAGCAUUUGCGCACCCACACGGACGAGAAGCCGUUCGGCUGUGAAACAUGCGGCCACUGUUUCGCUCAGCGUUCUCAGCUCAAAGUCCACAUGCGGACGCACACCGGAGAGCGGCCGUACAAAUGUAAAAUAUGCAAACAAGCAUUUUCGCACUCGACGGCACUCAAGUUGCACAUUCGACUGCACACGGGUGAAAAGCCUUUCCAGUGUCAACUCUGCUCUUCCUCUUUCCUCCAGCUGCCGCACCUCAAAAAACACAUGCGUUGCAUCCACAAGCAAGAUCGACCGUACGUCUGUCUGCCGUGCAAUCAAUUCUUCCAAACCAAGAACGAGUUGACGCUGCACACGGCCUCGCACAAUGCCAAACAAAAUCAGGAAGAUCAAGAGGAUCAGGAGGAAGUCGACAACGACGACGCUAUCUCUGUCAACAACGAGUCGAACGACGAGCAACCAGCCAACAACAAGACGCAAUUGGUCGAACUACCGAACGGCACGAAAAUCGAAUUGCAAAACGUUCAAAACGGGCAGCUCAUGUCGCUGGAACGGAUGCGCAUGCUAUUGGCCAUUCUCCUCAAACGCAUCUCGACGCCCAAUCGACUCCGCCGUCUCGGCUACGGAUCCAAAUUGAUCGACAUCGUCUUGGUGAAAUCGAUCGAGAGUUCCGGUCGCAAACCCGUCGACACAGCAGAACUAGACACCAGGUCUCUGCUUAAGGGAAACAUUGAAAUCCUUCUUGAUUGGACCAUACCACGUGAAUAUAUGGAUCAUUUUCGAAAAGAAAAUAAGACGGUUGAAGAAAUUCUUGAAGAACUCACGUCGUAAAGAAAUCAAUAUCCCUCCCAUUUGACUCUUUGUUUUUAUUGGUUAUUUAAUCAUCUGUUCUGUUGCGUAUUAAAUUUUCUUUUAUCUGCCGUCUGUCCAAAGCAGGCAUUUCCAUUAUCAUGACGUAUCGUCUCCAUUGAACACGCGUGCAAAUGUCGAAUGAGAGAAAAGGAUGUGCACCCUCAUAUCAGAUCAUUACAUGUGCCAUUGUGUUUAUUGGAGUUAUCUGUGCCAAUACCAAACUGCUCGCUAUCUUGUAUUUAUGUGAUUUAAUUGUCUUUGUUGUUCAAAAUACAGUCAUAUUGUGCAGAGUCA